CAAAUUUUCUUGGUGGUUUGUCUCUAUCGCGGUCGCUCUCUCUCUCUCUCUAAGCUCCAGCUCAGGGGAGGUCCCAUCCCAUGGAGUCCUUCUCUUUCUAGGGUUUCUUUACUUCCUCCACCAAACACAAAAUUGAGAGAGAGAGAGAGAGAGGAAUGUUGGAAAACAUUUGGCUAUCUCCUUCCUUGCUGCAGUGAUUUAUUUUAGGGUUUUGUUAGUUAUUGUUGUAUAUAAAUAGAAUAGCGUAAUGCCAGCUCAUCGAUCGAAGCAGGAUGAAGCAGCAAGGCAGGUGCGGCGAGACCCAUACGAAGUCCUUGGCGUCUCCAGGAACUCCUCUGACCAGGAAAUUAAGUCCGCCUACCGUAAAAUGGCUCUCAAGUACCAUCCUGACAAAAAUGCAAAUGAUCCUGAAGCAGCUGAUAUAUUUAAAGAGGUUACAUUUUCCUAUAAUAUAUUGGCUGAUCCAGACAAGAGACGCCAAUAUGACUCUGCUGGUUUUGAGGCUGUCGAAUCAGAAAGUCAAGAACUUGAACUGGAUCUUUCAAGUUUGGGAGCUGUGAAUACUAUGUUUGCGGCACUCUUUAGUAAACUUGGAGUACCAAUUAAGACCACUAUAUCAGCAACUGUUUUGGAGGAGGCGCUUAAUGGUGCGGUUGAUAUUCGUCCACUUUCACUUGGGGAACCUAUUUCUAGGAAGGUUGAAAAGCAGUGUGCUCACUUCUAUUCUGUCACGAUAACAGAAGAGGAGGCAAGGGCUGGAUUUGUUUGUCGAGUGCAAUCGUCUGACAAAAGCAAGUUCAAGUUAUUGUAUUUUGAUCAGGAAGAAAGUGGUGGAGGAUUAAGCCUUGCUCUACAGGAAGACAGUGCUAAAACAGGAAAGGUUACAUCUGCUGGAAUGUACUUUCUAUGUUUUCCUGUAUACCGGCUGGAUCACACUGUCAACUCUAUUGCAGCUGCAAAAGAUGCUGAUGCUGCUUUCUUCAAAAAAUUGGAUGGGUUUCAGCCAUGUGAAAUAUCUGAACUGAAGGCUGGAACCCAUGUUUUUGGUGUCUAUGGUGACAAUUUUUUUAAAAGUGCAAGUUACUCAAUAGAAGCUCUUUGUGCCGCACCUUUUAUGGAAGAAAAAGCUAAUCUCAGAGCUGUUGAAGCUGAGAUUCUUGGAAAGAGGGUAGAAAUAUCCAAGUUUGAAACUGAAUAUCGAGAGGUAUUGGCACAAUUUACCGAGAUGACCAGUAGAUAUGCACAAGAGAUGCAAGCAAUUGAUGAGCUUCUUAGACAAAGGAAUGAAAUUCAUGCCUCCUACACCAUUGCUCUGCCAAUGAAGCGGAGUUCAAGUAAAAGCAGGAAUAAGGGUCCCUUCAGGGAGACCAAAGAAGAUGCACAAGUGAGAGAUAAGAAACCUACAAGGGAUAGAUCUAAGAAGAAGAAAUGGUUCAACAUCCACUUAAAAGUUGACAAAAGAAAGCCUUGCUAAAUAUGGGUCAGUCUCUGAAGUCUUGCUGAAGUUAAAAAGCCUGUGACUAAAUUCUUUGCAAUGGGAAAACCCUAUCGUAUGAGCGCCGACCAAAGCCACCAUUUCUUGCACUGAAAACCCUUUGGAAUAAAAAAGGGAGAUGAUAUCUGACAAUGGCAUUGUUGGUUGAGCAAUAUUGCCUUGGACAAGAGAGGCGUUGGAUACCAGGCCAUCUUUGCGUCCUAGACGCACAUGGUAGUAAGGACCUCCCACCAUUGUGACAAGGUUGCGUGCAGCGGUGGCUAGAAUGUCAGCACAAGAGACAAUGCCGGGGCACUGGAGCUCAAGGGCAGUCUUCGCACGAGUGACAAGGUCAUAUGCAUCUCCAGGGAUGGACUGGUCGAUGUCAGCAUCACGUUCAGCUUUGUUGAAGGAUGUGGAGGUGAUGAGCAAGGAGCCAUCACAGCCUUCCACCAUGCAGUCGUGGAAGAAGAGGCGAAGAACGCCGGCAGCAGUGGUGGGGCUAGCAAUUUGCUUGUCCGAGACGAUCUGUUCCAUGAUAGAAGCGAAUUGUGGGCAUGUUUGGUUGUAAUAGUCGACGGAGAGUCUGGACUCUGAACAUGGAAAGGAGAUGAAGAAAAGAAGUAAUAUGAGGAGAUUAUGGCCAGGAGAUGCCAUGGUGCAAGGUUUCUGAAAGAUAUGAUGGAGUUAACGAUGGGAAAUUGUUAAAUCAUGUGAAGGAUGAUGGAUUAUGGGAAAUUAACAAGGUAGAGGAUCAGUGAAGGAUGUACGUUUUGGUUAAUUGUGGAAGAGAGGCUUUGGAGGAAAAAGAAUGGACAAGUUUGGACGACAGAGUUUUGACGACUUCAAGGGAUUAUUAUAUUAAUUAAUUACCGCAGGAAUUUUCAUAAUAUACAUGAGAAGUUAUUAUAGCUUUUGUCUAGGUGGCACCACCGUGGCACGCCCUUUUUCGCGGGCUGACCAACUUUUUAGCAAUGUAAAAAAACAAAUUUCAGCGAAAGAAAAUUUUCUUAUGACUCAA